GGAUCAGGGCAGUCAUGUGGGCAUGGAGCGUGGCGCCCCCGCUUCCCACGCUCCUUCCACCCGGAGCAGCCUGUCCCAGCGGGCUGGCGGCUCGCACCCCUGUCCAGUCUUCCUCCCCGACCAUGCUGUUCAGGGGCGUCCUGCUGGCAGUGCAAGCAGCCCUGCAGCUUGCCGGUGCCCUGGACCUGCCCGCGGGAUCCUGCGCGUUCGAAGAGAGCACCUGCGGCUUUGACUCGGUGUUCGAGUUCCUGCCGUGGAUUUUAAACGAGGAAGGCCAUUACAUUUAUGUGGACACCUCCUUUGCCAAGCAGGGGGAGAAAGCCGUGCUGCUGAGUUCUGAUCUACACGCUGAGGAAUGGAGCUGCCUCCGAUUGGUCUACCAGAUAACCACGUCUUUGGGGUCUCCAUCAGAGCCCAGCCGGCUGAACCUCUAUGUGAGAUUUGAUGAUGAAAGCUUUGAUCGCUUGCUUUGGUCAGCCAAGGAACCUUCGGACAGCUGGCUCAUAGCCAGCUUGGACUUGCAAAACAGUUCCAAGAAAUUCAAGAUUUUAAUAGAAGGCGUGCUAGGACAUGGAAAUACAGCCAGCAUUGCAGUCUUUGAAAUCAAGAUGACAACUGGCUACUGUAUCGAAUGUGACUUUGAAGAAAAUCAUCUCUGUGGCUUUGUGAACCGCUGGAACCCCAACGUGAACUGGUUUGUUGGAGGAGGAAGUAUUCGGAACUCCCACUCCAUUCUCCCGCAGGAUCACACCUUCAAGAGUGAACUGGGCCACUACAUGUAUGUGGACUCGGUUUACGUCAAGCACUACCAGGAGGUGGCACAGCUAAUCUCCCCAAUGACCACGGCCCCCAUGUCUGGCUGCUUGUUGUUUUAUUACCAACUCCAGCAGGGGAAUGACAACAUCUUCUCCGUGUAUACGAGGGAUGCGGCUGGCCUGUAUGAGGAGAUCUGGAAAACGGGCAAUCCAGGGAAUGCUGACUGGAACCUUGCUGAGGUGGAGUUCAGCGCCCCGUACCCCAUGGAGGUUAUUUUUGAAGUUGCCUUCAAUGGUCCCAAAGGAGGUUAUGUUGCCCUGGAUGAUAUUUCUUUCUCUCCUGUUCCCUGCCAAAAUCAGACAGAGCGUCCUUUUAGUGCCGUAGAAGCAAGCUGCAAUUUUGAGGAAGAUCUCUGCAACUUCUACCAAGACAAAGAAGGUCCGGGCUGGACCCGAGUGAAAGUAAAACCAAACAUGUAUCGGGCAGGAGACCACACUUCAGGCUUAGGGUAUUUCUUGAUGGCCAACACAAAGUUUACGUCUCAGCCUGGCUACAUUGGAAGGCUCUACGGUCCCUCCCUGCCAGGAAACUUGCAGUAUUGUUUGCGUUUUUACUAUGCCAUCUAUGGGUUUUUAAAAAUGAGUGACACCCUAGCAGUUUAUAUCUUUGAAGAGAACCACAUGGUUCAAGACAAGAUCUGGUCUGUGCUGGAGUCCCCAAGGGGUGUUUGGAUGCAAGCUGAAAUCACCUUUAAGAAGCCCAUGCCUACCAAGGUGGUUUUCAUGAGCCUGUGCAAAAGUUUUUGGGACUGUGGACUUGUAGCCCUGGAUGACAUUACAAUAGAAUUGGGAAGCUGCUGGUCUCCAGAGAAGCUUCCAACUCCACCUGGAGAGUGUACUUUCGAACAAGAUGAAUGUGCAUUUACUCAGGAGAGAAGGAACCGGAGCAGCUGGCACAGGAGGAGGGGAGAAACUCCUACCUCCUACACAGGACCAAAGGGAGAUCACACUACUGGGGUAGGCUACUACAUGUACAUCGAGGCUUCCCACAUGGUGUAUGGACAAAAAGCACGACUCUUGUCCAGGCCUCUACGAGGAGUCACUGGAAAACACUGCUUGACUUUUUUCUACCACAUGUAUGGAGCAGGGACUGGCCUCCUGAAUGUUUAUUUGAAAAAGGAAGGUGACAGUGAAGAGGCCCUCUUAUGGCGAAGAAGAGGUGAGCAGAGCAUCUCCUGGCUACGAGCGCUGAUUGAAUACACCUGUGAGAGGCGACACCAGAUAAUUUUUGAAGCCAUUCGGGGAGUGUCAAUAAGAAGUGAUAUUGCCAUUGAUGAUGUUAAAUUUCAAGCAGGAUCCUGUGCGGAAAUGGAAGCUAUAACUCAGCAAUCAUCAGGAUAUUCUGAGGAUUUAAAUGAAAUUGAGUAUUAAGGAAUGAUCUGAAUCGGAUUAACUAAACAAAGCCAUACCUCUCUUCAAUCAAAAUGAAAAAAAAACCAAAAAACAAAUGAAU